AUGGUAGUGGAACUGAUGGCACACCUUUUGAGUGGGCACUACGUUGUGUUGGCUGCAUACCGACGCUAUAUUGUGGAACGAUACUUGAAGCAGUCCCAAGCUGCAUUAUGCAUCCAGAAUGCCUGGAAGGCCUACACCCAAAGACUGGCCUUCCUUAAAGCAAGAAAUGCUGCUGUUAUCAUUCAAGCAGCUUUCAGAAGCUGGAAAUGCCGAAGACAGUUUCUUGUGACCAAGCGCGUCAUCACUCACAUUCAGAGAGAAUAUCGAAGGAAGUUAAUUGUCCGGAGGCUCACCCAGGAGUACAAGCUGAAAUAUAAGGCCAUUGUUUCAGUACAGAGGUGGUGGAGGAAUGUUCUCAAGAAAAGAGAACAUGAGAGAGAGUUGAGGGAGCACCAAGCAGCAGCAACCAUCAUAAACUUCUUUAAGAUGUGUGUUCAGAGGAGAUCCUUUAUGGAAAAGUACAAGUCAGUCAUUCUUUUGCAGUCACAUGUUCGUAGACUACAGUGCCAAAAGAAGUACACCAACACCUUAAAGUCUGUAAUGCUUAUACAGACCAAGUGGAGAGCUACACUCUUAUCCCGUGAAGUGAGGGCACAGUACCUGGAACUACGUGAGGUUGCAAUAAAAUUGCAAACUCACAUUCGCUGCUACUUGGCUCGUAAGGAGUAUGCUGCCAUUAGAUCAGCAGCCAUUAUGAUACAGAAGACUUACAAGAUGAAGAAACAGAGAGAGACAUACCUUGAAUUGCAAAAAGCUGCCUUAAUUUUGCAACAGAGGUGGAGAAGUAGAAAACAAAUGCAAGAACAUCGAAACCAGUACCAGAAAAUACGGGAAGCAGCUGUGAAGAUUCAGGCUUUCAGUAGAGGCUUCAAAGUUCGUAAGACAUUAAUAGAGAAGCAGAAAGCAGCAGUAUGUCUUCAGGCUAAUUAUCGCAUGUGGAAGGAAAGAGAAAAUUACAGAAAGAGAAGGAAUGCUGUAAUAUCAUUACAGACACACUUAAGAGCAUGGCUGUACAUGAGACAAGACCAAGUUUAUUAUCAGAGUAUAAAGACUGCGGCUGUCAUUAUUCAGGCCAAUUGGAGGGGGAAAGUAGUUCGUGAAGAAUUCCUGCGUGUAAAGAGAUCUGCUGUACUUAUUCAGGCAUUGUUUAGAGGCUGGAAGGUAAGAAGACAAUACAAGAAAGAGGUAAACGCAGCAAUCUCUAUUCAGAGAUGGUAUACAGCAACAAAAGCUAUGAAGCAAGAAAAUGAAAGAUAUAAGAGGUUAAGGUCCAGUGCAGUUAUCAUCCAGUCUACCUUCAGAGGAUAUCAGGAAAGGAAAUGUUAUGUCAAAACAUUGAAAUCUAUUACAAAGAUUCAAGCUGCUGUUCGAGGCUGGUUAAAACACCAACAGUACAUGAAGCUGAGAGCUGCUGCUGCAAUAAUCCAGCAAAGAUAUCGGGCAAAGAAACAGAUGGAAGAGCAUCUGAAUGCCUAUAAUGCUAUGAGAUCUGCUGCUGUCAAGAUUCAGUCGCAGGUGAGGAUGUACUACUGUAGGAAGCAAUAUCUUGCUAAAUGUAGUGCUGCAGUAGUCAUUCAGAAGUAUGCAAGAGGUUUUAUAGCCUUCAGGAAAUACCAGCACCUGAAAAAGAAUGUGAAAGUCAUUCAGAGAUAUGCCCAUGCAUGGCUAGGGGCAAGAAAGGUGCAACAACAAUACCAGGAACUAAAGCAGGCCACUGUUUUGCUGCAGGCACAUAUCAGAGGGUUCCAACUUAGACAAAACUUAAAGAAGAAGAGAACAGCUUGUAUUAUGGUUCAGAGUAUAUAUCGAAUGAAGAGGGAACAGAGGCUUUACCAAAGAAAGAAGGAAGCUGCUAUUAAAAUCCAAAAUGCUUACAGAGCUUACAGACUAGGAAGGGAUGUACACUGCCAGUAUGUAAACCAAAGGAAAGCAAGUAUGAAGAUACAGAGUUACUGGAGAAUGUAUCAAGCAAGAAGAUGUUAUUCUCAAAAACGUCAAGCUGCAAUCACAAUACAACAGCACUACAGAGCCUGGAAUGUUGGUUGUGAAGCUUACAAUGAGUAUCAGAGGAGAAAGAAAGCCUGUAUUGCCAUUCAGGCUUGGAUAAGAAUGCUAAAAGCCAAGAGGCAGUAUGCCAUGAAACAGAGAGCUGCCUUGCUUAUUCAGCAGCAGUACCGAGCCAUUGUUUUGGGCCGAAAGGCACAGAGAGAGUUCCAUACCCUGAGGACUGCCACCAUUAAAAUACAGUCAAAAUACAGAAUGUACAAGCAACAGACACAGUAUCAACAACAAAGAUCUGCUGUUUUGGUUCUUCAGAAAUACACUCGAGCAUAUAUGGCCAUGCGAGCAGACCAAGAAAUGUUUGCAGCCAAGAAAAAAGCAGCAGUACUUAUCCAGGCGACGGUCCGAGGAUGGCUCCAACACCGAGAUUACAACCUGGAACGUGCUGCCUGUAUCAGAAUACAAACUUGGUUCCGCUGCCAGCUAGCCCACAAAGCGUACCUGGCCCAGAAGAGGGCAUCACUCACAAUUCAGCGGUACUAUCGUGCAUAUAGGCUAGGCAAGCAGAUUCAAGAUGAGUACAAAAUAACAAGAAACUCAGUAAUUGUCCUGCAAGCUGCCACUAAAGGUUAUUUGGUCAGGAAGCACCUCAAAGAGAGACAGAGGGCAGCAACCAUCUUGCAAGCAAGGCUCAGGGGAAGGAAGGAAUACCUAUCAUACAAGAGGAAGAAGGCUGCGGCUUUGACCCUUCAGCGGUAUUAUAGAAACAAAAUGUUAGGGGACAGUGUACGGCACCAUUUCCUGGAGAUGCGAGAGAGCAUUGUGUCCAUACAAGCUCUGGCAAGAGGUUAUCUUGUAAGGAAGGAAAUGAAGAGAAGGUCAGAUGCUGCUUUGGUCAUUCAGGGCUUCUGGAGGAUGCACAUCCAACAAAAGAAAUUUGCAAAACAAAAGGCUGCUGCAGUUAUUCUCCAAAAGGCCUAUAGAAGUCAUUGCUUGACCAAAUUGGCUGUGGCAGAGUAUAAGAAAACCAAGUCAGCUGUCUGUAUACUUCAGGCUAGUGUCAGAGGUUACCUGGCUAGAAAAUUGUUAAGAGAACAGGCAAAUGCAGCUGUACGUAUUCAGUCAUGGUUCCGUGGAUGUCAGCAGAGGAAGCUGUAUGUGCAUCAGAGACAUGCAGUAAUUACAAUUCAGGAGCAUUACCGUGCAUACUUUGUUGGCAAAAGGGUAAGACAAGAAUACCUAUAUGAUAAAAAAUGUCUUGUUAAAUCACAGGCUCUUGUGAGAGGAUUCCUUGUGCGACAAGAUUUGAAGAAACAACAAGCUGCCGCCACUGUUCUACAGGCAUACAUUCGAAGACAUCUGGUAAGGAAGCAGUACCUGCAACAAGUGGAAGCUGCCACCUUCAUUCAAAGAUGUUAUCGUAGGUAUAUACUGACACAGGAGAUUCAACGGCUGUACAAGACAAAACGCUCUGCUAUAAUAACCAUUCAGUCUGCUGUGCGUGGAUUUUUAGUAAGGAAAGACCUAAUCAGAAAACAUGAAGCUGCCACGAAGAUUCAAGCGAGAACCCGGGCAUGGCUGGUACGUCGACAGUAUGUGAAAUAUGUGGAAGCAAUUAAAACUAUACAAGUUCACUGGCGGGCAACGCUAUUGAUGAAGGAGGAGCGUGAACACUAUCAUACUGUGCGAGGAGCAUUUGUUAGAAUUCAGGCCAUCUGGAGAGGGAGACUUGUGAGAAAGAAGCUUGAUGAUCAACAUGUUGCAGCAACUGUCAUUCAGUCUCAUGUUCGUAAGUUCCUAGAGUACAGGAGAUAUCAGAAGAUACAAAAUUGCACAGUACAGAUACAAAGGUGGUGGCGCAACAUUCAUCUGAGUUUAACAGUACGCAAAGAGUAUAUAAGAAAGAAGGAAGCUGCCUUUGUUAUCCAGUCAGAAGUGCGAAGAUUUUUAAGGAGGAAGAAGGAUGAAAGGGAAAAUAAGGCUGCCACUAUCUUGCAGGGUCAGUACCGAGGUUAUGUCCAGAGACAGAAAUAUCUGAAAGAAAGGCAGAAUGUUAUAAAGAUCCAAAGAUGGUGGGUGUUGCAGAGAGAGAAACAGAGAGUACAUGGGGAAUACAUGAGAAUUCGAAGGGCAACUCUGAUACUGCAAGCAGCAUUUAGAGGGAUGAAAGUAAGAAGAGCCAUUGAAGUGCAAAGGAAGGCACAGGUCAGAAUCGCAGCCUCCUUUAGAGGCUGGCGUGUCCGUCAAGAGCAUUUCCGGAAGGUCCAGGCUGCAAUUAUAUUGCAGAGAUGGUGGAAGGGAGUAAGGCUGGCUAGAGAAGAGAGAGAGAGGUAUUGUCUAGUAAGAAAUUCAAUGAUCAGAAUUCAAGCUAUUGCUCGUGGCAUGUUGGUGCGCAGGGCAAUCUCCCAAAAGCAUCAAGCUUCAACUAAGAUUCAGGCAGGUGUGCGAGGCUGGUUGUUACGAAGAAAGUUCCUCAACACUGUUCAAAGCGCUGUAACUAUACAGAGGUGGUGGAGGGGUUUAAGGAAAGUGAAAAUGGAAGAACAGGAAUACCAAGCUAAGAGAAAUGCCACAAUUACACUCCAGAAGUGCUUCCGUGGACUGGUGGUACGUAGGAGAUAUAUUCGGAAGCGUAAAGCAUGUGUGAAGAUCCAGACGUAUGUCAGGCAAUGGUUAGUUCGUAAGAGAUACACGAAAAUUGUGCAAAGUUCAGUCUUGAUACAGAAAUGGUGGAGGAGCAUUAAGGAAACGAAGGAAGAACAGCAGAGAUACCAGAUGACCAGAGAAGCCACUGUGACCUUACAGGCGUAUUUCAGAGGCAUGAGUGUGAGGCGUGAGAUGAAGCAGCGCCGGGAGGCAGUCGUGAAGCUCCAGUCCUACUUGCGGGGUUGGCUGGUGCGUAGAGAAUAUGCAAGGCAGGUCAAGAAAGUGGUUACUAUCCAGCGUUGGUGGAGAGCUACAAAACUAAGCAGAGAAGAGCGCCUAAGAUACAUAAGAAUGAGAAAUGCAGCUAUUGUCAUUCAGUCAUAUGCCAGAAGGAUGCAAGUCUCCCAAGAACUGAAGAAGCAGAAUAAUGCAGCCUUAAGAAUUCAGGCUUGCUUCCGCCGUUGGUGUGUCCAGAGAGACUAUCGACGCAAGAUGGAAGCUGUUGUCAAGCUGCAGAGGUAUUGGAGAGGUGCAUACCAGACGUUGCGAGCACAGGAACGAUACAUCUAUAUGAAACGUGCGGCUGUCAUUAUUCAAGCAGCGUGGAGAGGAAGACAAGCCCGCCAGGUGCUUAAACGGUCCAAGGCUGCUUGUGUUUUGCAGGCUUACGUUCGUGGAUGGUUUGCUCGCCGUUAUGUGAAGGAAGAAAGACGAAGAAUUCACCUGACACGUGUGACUAAGGUGACAAAAGUUCACAUGGCUGCUAUUACCAUCCAGCGAUCUUUCCGUCGUCAUCAAGCCAUGGUGCGUGCUAAGCAGACCAUAGAAUCAGUGGUAAAGCUGCAGCAAUGGGUGCGAGCAGUAUUACAGAGGAGGCGCUACCUGAGGCAACGCGAGGGGGCGGUUGUCAUCCAGAGAGCCUGGCGUAGGAAAUUAGAGAAGAUCAAGAAGGAGCGUCGUAUAAAGGCUGCAACAGUUUUACAAGCAGCUUGGCGAGGACGCGUUGCCCGACGUACUUUGAAAAACAAGAAGUUGAACGAUGUCCGCCAGAGGUUGGAAGCGGCUACACGGGAGGCCACAGACGCCAAGCGCAUUGGCAAUAGGACUGUUUGUGCCAUAUCCUACCUGAUAAAGUACAAAGACCUUAAGAGGAUUUUGAUAGCUGUCAUGUACUUAGACACAAGUACACGCUGGUCUCCACCUUGCUGUGAGAAGCUGUCUGAGGGAGUAGCCCUUGACACAAUCAUGUUUUUGCUGAGGGCUUGCAACAGGUCUAUCCCUCACAUGCAGAUCCAGAGUUAUGUUUUGAAUAUCCUUAUUAACCUGGCAAGGUACCCAUACACUGCACCAUCACUGCACAGGUUGGAGGGCCUAGUUGAAUCGCUUAUUCAGCUUAUGACCAUAUACUACGAGAAAGGCCCAGCUAUUUUUACCAAGUGUUGUACUCUGCUCUACAUCUUGACAACAACAAACCCACCCCAGAAAGAAAUGGGCACAUCCAAAGUCAAGGACGAAUUAACCAGCCUGAAAAACUUGAUGAUCCGGCGCGAGAAUGCAAGCCUACGUGGCCAGCGUCCAGCCAAGCGAAGUCCACUCCCUGCAUCCCAGCUUCCAGCGAUCACCCCCGAGUGGGCUCUCAAGACCAGCCAGCCGAGAGAGUUUGAGGAGCCUAUGCGGGCAAUAAUUACGCUGCUAGCCAGGCUGUCUCUUAUUAAACCUGAGGCGUAGGACUAUGCUAGGGACCUCAUUCUCUAAGGGAUUCUACCCGUCAUAGUUUAUUUGAUUAUUUUCUUUGGGAUUUUCUUUUUGUGCAUUAAUGUUAACUGUCUAUUGUCUUUUUACGCAUUAACAUAAUUAGUAAUGGAAACCAUAUUUUUUUAUAUAUAUAUAAGAUGAAGUACAAACUGUACUUCUUAGGAAUCUACUUUAAUGAGCCUAGAAAUAACAAUAUAAUUGUUAGAAAACAUAUUAUUAGCUUUGAUGUUGCCUUAAUUUGCAAAGGAUAUCUAGGUUUUAAGUAUUUUACAAUGUAAGAUAUAUAAUGUGGGUUUAUUUUUACGUAUACAUAAAUAUGUAUCAAUAUAUAUUAGUAAAUAUAUAUAUUGCUAUGGGCAAAUUGACCAUUCUAUGUGCUUGAAAAUAUUAUGAAUGUAGAAAUAUUAUUUCAGAGAUUACUGCCAAGCUCCUGACUUGGCAUUAUAGAUGAAAUAGCUUUAAACAUACAAAGUUGCCUGUUAGCAGCUGGACCCACAUACCACAUUGCUACAAUGCACUGCCGUCAUAUAACUAAGGUUACUCAUUCUACUGCAGAUUCAUUUAUUAGUCUAAAAAUUAUCCCUAUCAUCCGGCUAACUUACAGCCUUUUGUAUAUAUUUUGCGCCUAGUUUAAUUGUCAUAUAAACUCCAUUAAUCACCACAUCACAUUUCUUCAUUAUUUACUGUCAAUGUAAUAAGUUUGUGUGCCUCUUGAGAUGACUUACUCUUCUACUGACUGUACUUAGGAUAGAAGAUUGAAAUAUUUUUUUUCAAAGUUUUGUAAAUAAACCAGUUUACAUGUA